CCACGCGUACGGCCCCGCACUCCUCAAAAGCAGCACCCUGCUCCAGCAGCUGCCAGGCAAGCCAUAGCGCUCCAGCUGUACGCCAGCCGACGUGCGCCCACACUCCUCAAAAGCAGCACAGCAGAGACAACAUCAUGCUCACAACAAACACAAGCUACGAGAACGAAACGAGCCCCAAAAAGCCGUCAUUACAGAGAGGCGCCGCGCAGCUGCGGGACGGCUGGCACCAUUCCCGCUUUCAACCCUAUUUGAAGAUGCUCGCGCCGGCCAUCGCGCCCGAGGCCACUCUAUUAGGCACUGUAGCACCUAGAACGUGCGCGGAGAUCGACGUCGGGGCGUUGAUAAACAACGCCAAAGCUUGUAGAGAAGCCGCGGCGAAAUCCGGCACGAGGGUCAUGGCCGUGGUGAAGGCCGACGCCUACGGCCACGGCGCCGCCGUCGUCGCGCGCGUGCUGCACCGGCACUGCGGCAUCGACUUUUUUGCCGUCGCCACAUUGCCGGAAGCUUUAGAGCUGCGGGCCGCGGGUCUUAAUGAUGGUGUCCGCGUCUUGGUUUUGGGCGCCUCGGUCCCGUCGGAGUGGCCCGUCUACGCGCGCUUUGACUUGGAAAUGGUGAUCGAGUCGAAGGCGACCGCCGAUCGGCUGGCCGCUUUACAACCGCCACCGAAGCCCAUCAAGGCGCACGUCAUGCUCAACACGGGCAUGAAUAGGAUAGGGCUGUCCACAUUCGAUAGUACGACAGAAACGCACGGUAUUAAAAAAGUCGAGGAGUCGCGGAGCAUCGGCACGCAGCCGUGUGGAAUCCAACUUGUCACUGCGUCUGCUCGAUGGCGUGGAGGCUCACGAAGGUUUCUCGCAAUAACACAACUCACUCGUUGAUUCCUCACAGGCAAGCAAGGGCUCCAGGACCUGUUCAACGACCUGCCGCCCUUGCCGGAAGAAAGCGGGCAGACGCCGCCGCCGCGACCUCCUUUGAAGCGGAGCGGAUCUGGAAGUUCAUUGGGCUCGACGGGUCGCCUCCAGGAGUACCACGGCAUUCUCGUCGAUCAAGCUGUCGAUAUUGUCGCCAUGGUCGCCGCCGCACCAGCUGUAGAAUUUGCUGGUUUAUGUACGCACAUGGCCGACGCGCAAGCUAAUAUCCAUAGGUACACGCAGCGCCAGUUCAAACGGUUCCGGGAUGUGGUGGACGCGCUGCGAGCGAAGAACGUCCCCGUGCCCUGCGUGCACGUCGAGAACUCCCAAACGUUACUAGAUGCUCACGUCGGUCCCGAGAGAAUGAGGAGAUUAGUAGGUGAUGGUGCUGGAUUUUGUCGUGUAGGAGGCGCGCUCUACGGCCAACGGCACCACGAUGUACUGAAACCUGUAUUAUCAUUAAAGGCGCAGGUGCGGCAUGUGCACCGCCUGGAAGCGGGCAUGACCGUAGGCUACGAUCGAAGCUGGAUCGCGCCGCGGGAUAGUGUAGUAGCCACUCUGUCGAUCGGCUUCGCCGACGGCUACCCUCGAUCGUUAUCAAAUCAAGGCGUCGUCUACAUCCGGGGCCACGAGUUUGUGGUGGCGGGCAAAGUUUGCAUGGACAUGGUGAUGGUCGACUUAGGGGCCAAGGGCGGCCCCGGCGAAUCGGUAAGGGUCGGCGACUACGCGACGCUGUGGGGGGAUGGCGGGAACACGCUCGCGGCGACGGCCGAUGGGUUGGGGACGGCGCAGUCGGAUUUGACGUGUGACUUAUCUAGGAGGGUGGCGCGGCGCUACGUCAAUUUGCCGCCGGACUGGCGGGCGCCCGAGGACCACUACGUGAUCGCAUAGCAUGUUUCUUUCGGUCGUUCGCCCUUUAAAUUUGUAGUACUG